GUCCCCUGGCCAGGGCUGCCCUGGGGAGUGUGAAUGGUCUUCAGUGGCAGGCACCUGCAGAGGGGGGAGGAGGGGGCGCCGCCGUGGGCUGGGGGGCUUUAGCUAGCCCACCUUUGCUUUUGGUGGCCGAGGGGUGUGUGUGACUCCAGCCUUGUUGCCACAGCUGUACCUCACCCUAGAAGAAGGAGGCAGGAAAAUUGGUGGGUAAAUGGGUUUAGCUUUCCUUGCAUUUUUGGCGUGGAGGGAGUAGAGUCAAGCGGCUUUGUAGCGUUGCCAACUUCAGCUUCUUGGACAGCUUUAACCAUGGAUAUCUUUGGGGAUCUCCGACGAAUGAACAAACGCCAGCUCUACUACCAAGUCUUAAAUUUUGCCAUGAUUGUGUCCUCGGCUCUCAUGAUCUGGAAAGGACUCAUCGUGAUCACGGGAAGCGAGAGCCCCAUUGUUGUCGUGCUCAGUGGCAGUAUGGAACCAGCCUUUCACAGAGGAGACCUCUUGUUCUUGACAAACUUCCGAGACGACCCCAUCAGAGCUGGAGAAAUCGUCGUUUUUAAAGUGGAAGGCAGAGACAUCCCAAUUGUGCACAGAGUAAUCAAGGUUCACGAAAAAGAAAACGGCAACAUCAAAUUUCUGACCAAGGGCGAUAAUAAUGAAGUUGAUGAUAGAGGCUUGUACAAAGAAGGUCAGAACUGGCUCGAAAAGAAGGACGUCGUAGGAAGAGCGCGAGGGUUUUUGCCUUACGUUGGAAUGGUGACCAUAAUCAUGAAUGACUAUCCAAAAUUCAAGUAUGCUCUCCUGGCGGUAAUGGGUGCAUAUGUACUACUGAAAAGAGAAUCAUAAAAGAAGAUGGAAUUGCCUUGCACGACUCUGAACAUAAACCUACAAAGAUAUACUAAUAUAUUUGAGAUGUCUCAGUGUCUUUAUAUAACUCUUUGUGGUGUGCAAAAUGAUAUUGUCUUGUCCAAAUGAAUUGUCCUGUUCAUGCCACAAUCCUAAAAAAAACAAAAACAACCUUCUGUGGGUUAGUCGAAUUGAUUUCAUUGAGAUGUGGCUGCAACUUUUAUAGAUUACAGUGACAUUAUGUUUCUUUAACCAUGUUGUUUCAGUUUCUUAAUGUUUUGCUGUUAAUCCAGAGCAAUGCAAAAUUUGGCGCGGGGAGCGGGGAGAUGUGUGAAAUAUGAUCAUUUUGGUCUUUGUUGGAAGGGUUGGUUUAAAAUUGCUGCGUUUGGAAUAUGAAGCAGAUCUUCAAUGUAUGGGCAUGAUUAACAUAGAGAUCUAAAACACAUAGAGAUCUAAAACACAAGAUGAUCAAAGGGACCCGUUCGCUCAGCUGUUCUUUCUCUUCCACCCACCCCCGUGCCCCUCUCCAAUCAAGGUGACCCAUGCUUUCGUGAGCCGCACUCUUUUGAAUGAGUCCAUUCAUGUCCCAUUAUGAUUCUGGGCUUUUUGUAAAUAGGUUUGCUCAGGGCUUUUUUUCUGGGGAAAACAGCUGUGGGAACUCUCACCCAGGGCAACUCCUGGGAGGAGGUGGUGUGCCUCUUAAUACAUGUAUGCGCGCACAGCAUGCAUGCACUCCUGGGACUGCAUGAUGUCACUUCCAGGAAGUGACGUCAUCAUGCAGGCAUGGCCGCCCCGGGAGUGCUCCUGUGCUCCAUGGGGGAUCCGAUUCGGCCCAGAACAAGCUGCUGCAUCACGGGGGGAGCACUCCCCCGCCUGGAAGUGGCCGCAUCUGGGCCAUUUCGGGCCCAAAUUGGGCUAAAACGGGCCAGAAAUGGCCCGGAUUGGCCUGGAACGGGCUGCUGCCACAUGGAGACCAUUCCCUGCCGGGCAGUGGCCAAAUCCUGGCCAUUUUGGGGCCUGAUCCUGGCCAUAUUGGGCCUGAAAUAGGCCAAAAAUGGCCAGGAUUGGGCAGCUACUGGGGGAGGUAGUGUUCCCCCACCCGACACAGGCCCAAUCCCGGCCGUUUGGAGCCCGAUCUUAGCCAUUUUGGUCCCAAAUGGGGCCAAAAUUGGCCAAAGGGGCUCUAAGUAGCCAAAACUGGGCCACUGCCCUCAGCAGAGACCUGAUCUUGGCUGGUUCGGGCCUGGUCCUGGCUAUUUCAGGCCAAAUCUUGGCCAUUUUGGGCCCAAAAUUGGGCCCAAAAUGGCCAAAAGGGGCCCAAAAUGACCAGGAUCGGGCUGUUGCUGGGUGGGUGAGUGUUCCCCCGCUAGGCAGGGACCCAAUGCUGGCCCUUUCGGGCCUGAUCCUGGCCAUUUGGGGCCUGAAUUGGGCCAGGAUCGGGCCCGAAUCAGGCCACUGCCGAGUGGCGGUGGGUUCCCCCACCCAGCAGCGACCCGAUCCUGGCCAUUUUGGGCCCUAAAUGGGCCCCAAAUGGCCAGAACAGCCCUGAAAUGGCCUGGAUUGGGGGCCAAACCAGCCUGGAACGGGCCACUGCCGAGUGGGGAAACCCUCCCCCUCCUGACACCAGCCCGAUCCUGGCUGUUUUGGCCCUGAUCCAGGCCUUUUGGGACCCGAAAUGGGCCCAAAAUGGCCGAAAUGGCCUGGAACGGGCCACAGCCAGGCAAGGGAACACUGUUUCGGGUCGUUCCGGCUCAAAAAAACCCAUGGGUUUUCUAUGUGUAAGUUGCAAAGUGAACUGUUUUACAAGAGUAGCGUUAUCAGCGCAGGCUUUCUUAAGCAAGACCGUGUGAAGAUCUUGGCCCACUUUCCAAGAUGUGAUCCUUGUGUUAAGUUCCUUGAGUGAAAUUGAACAAUUCCUUCAUUAGAGGUGGUAACCCAUUCUCUCAACUGAGCCCAUGGCCCAGCGUGGUGGAGUGCUCUUAUCACUGGCUAGCUUAUUUGUAUGUAUCGUCUUGUCAAACAGUCAAGAAUGGCUCUUGAUAAAAACGGUCAUCCUAUGUAUCCAUCCAGAAUCACUUCCCUAUUUCUGUACACACCUUAUGUGAAUGAGUUAAUGAGUGCCUCUAAUACUGUACUGUCUGUGAGCUCUGGAAACGGUUCACCUACAUCGACUGAGAAGUUGGAGCUGCUUCCAUGGUUACGAUUUAUGUUGGCUGAGGUUAUUCUCAGGAGUAAAAUACUGUUCUUUAACGGCCCGUUCACAAACCCAGAAAUAGUCGUUCGAAGUUAUUGGUGGAUUCUGUGGCGAGAUGCUUGCUUCACAAGCAGGCACACGUAUAUAAGUCUCCCCAGAUGUUGUAUUUCAUUUUGAGGAGUGCCCUUGGGGAGCAAUCCUGUUCAGUAAAAAUCCUAGUAUACAAAGGGACCCCAGGGGAUGUGCAGAAUGGGAUUGCUGCAAGCUGUUGGCAAAAAUGGAAGUGCAAGGAGCUGUCCUGGAAAGAGGAGCAGCUCCAGACCCCUGCCCCCUUUGCGCAUGUUUAUGCUGCAAGCAUAAACCAAUUUUAACUGCUGCAGCUUGUUCCAAGCGUCCCUAAGGAAUAUAAUUUUGUAACCGUGCUGGGCAUUUUCUGCUAAAAUCAUUUCUCACAUUUAGAGUCUGCCUUCAAGGCCCACCCUUGGCUUUUAGCAACCCUUUCGUGGCCUUAGAGAUGUCACUUUUAACAAUGUGGAUUUUUUUUUCUCUUCAGGAAUAUGGUUGCCUUUUUGCAAAGCCAUGGUUGUAAACGUGUCAUUUCCAUGAAUCCAUCUGCCUUUACAGACCAAGAGAUUGCUGUAUCAACAUUCACUAGGUUUCUUAGAGGACCUGUAAGACAUGUUCAAUAAAAAAACAAAAUUCUGUUGGAUCUUACAGUUAUUUUGAUUAAUAAAUACAGUAUCCCAGGAAUAUCUCCUUCCUUGUCUUAUCAUUCUAUGCAACAAUAUCAUCAUUAAAAGACUGUCUUGUUUUA